AUGAAGGGCAAGGUGGUGGAGCGGCCGCAGCACAUGCUGAUGCGGGUGGCCAUCGGGAUCCACAAGACCGACCUCGACGCGGCGGACGACUCGAUCGAGGGCAUCUUCGAGACGCUCAAGCUGUGCGCGCAGAUCUCCAAGUCGGCGGGCGGGAUCGGGCUCUCCGUGCACGACAUCCGCGCGCAGGGCUCCUACAUCAAGGGCUCGGGAGGCUCCUCCAACGGGCUGGUGCCGAUGCUGCGCGUGUUUGACAACACGGCGCGCUACGUCGACCAGGGCGGCGGCAAGCGCAAGGGCGCAUUCGCGUGCUACCUGGAGCCGUGGCACGCGGACAUCCUCUCCUUCCUCGACCUCAAGAAGAACCACGGCAAGGAGGAGCAGCGCGCGCGCGACCUCUUCUACGCGCUGUGGGUUUCGGACCUCUUCAUGAAGCGGGUCGAGGCCAACGGCGAGUGGUCGCUCUUCUGCCCCAACGAGGCGCCGCGGCUGUACGAAACGUGGGGCGAGGAGUUCGAGGGGCUGUACACCCAGUACGAGGCCGAGGGCAAGGCGCGGCACACGAUGCCCGCGCAGCAGCUCUGGUUCGCCAUCCUCGACUCGCAAAUCGAGACGGGUGUGCCGUACAUGCUCUACAAGGACUCGGCCAACCGCAAGUCCAACCAGCAGAACCUCGGCACGAUCCGCUGCUCGAACCUGUGCACCGAGAUCAUCGAGUACACCUCGCCGGACGAGGUCGCCGUCUGCAACCUCGCCUCGCUCGCGCUGCCCUCCUUCGUCGCCGACAAGGACACCUUCGACCACCAGAAGUUGUACGACGUCACGUACAUCGUGACGCGCAAUCUCAACCGCGUCAUCGACGCGAACUUCUACCCGGCGGUCGAGGCGGAGCGCUCGAACAUGAAGCACCGCCCGAUCGGGCUCGGCGUGCAGGGGCUGGCCGACGUCUUCAUCAAGAUGCGCCACCCCUUCGACUCGGACGAGGCGCGCGCCAUCAACCGCGAGAUCUUCGAGACGAUCUACUACGCCGCCCUCUGCUGCUCGUGCGACCUCGCCGCCAAGGAGGGCCACUAUGAGUCGUACCCCGGCAGCCCCGCCUCGAAGGGCACGCUGCAGUUCGACAUGUGGGGUGUCACGCCGACCAGCCGCUGGAACUGGGAGGAGCUCCGCAGCCGCAUCGCGCAGCACGGGCUGCGCAACUCGCUGCUGUGCGCGCCGAUGCCGACCGCGUCGACGGCGCAGAUCCUCGGCAACAACGAGUGCUUUGAGCCUUACACCUCCAACAUCUACACGCGCCGCGUGCUCGCCGGCGAGUUUGCCGUCGUGAACCAGCACCUGCUCAAGGACCUGAUGGAGCGCGACCUAGUGUGUCUCUCGGGUGUCGACCUGUGUUGUUCGGAUAAUUAA